AUGUUAAAAAAUAACAAAGACGAAAAAAAAAAUAAUAUUUCUCUUAGUUCACAAUGUAAUAAUAUAAAUUAUAAUGAUAUAUCAAAAAAACUAACGCUUGAAGAUUUACAUAAUGUAUUAGAUAAUUUAAAAGAACGUCCAUCUGAUGAAGAUCUUCAUAACAUAUGGAAAUUAUAUAAUUUAAAAGAACGUCCAUCUGAUGAAGAUCUUCAUAACAUAUGGAAUCAUGCUUUGGGUAUAUCUAAAGAAGGAUUUCAUGAUAUGAUAAAAGAAUUAGCGAUUUAUAUAGAAGAUUAUUUACUUACAUAUGAAUAUCAACGCUAUCAUCAUUUUCCAGGUAGGAAACCUAUAAGUGUAGAAACUAAAUACCGUACAUGGAUAAAAUCCAUGUAUGAUAUUGGAGUUGCACUAUCAUAUACAGAUUUUGAAAAUACAUUUAAGUUUUUUAGUUUAAUUAAAGAUGGAUAA